CUAUAUUUCGAUAAUGGACUUUCCUGUGUCAAAGGACCAGUAUAACGAAAGGGAUGGCGUCCGACCGCCACAAUACGACGCAUCGGGGAUACCGUACGGCGGGCCCGCGAACUACCAGGGUAUGUCGAACACGCCGGGCGACCCCGACACGUACGAGGGCAACUUUGACUACCGCACAGGCGAGCCACUGCCGUUCCGUCGCAAGCGGCCCGAUGGCAUUGUGGGUCCGGCACUGCAGUUUGUCAACACCGACCUGUCGAGCGCAGCUUGGCUCGGCAGCGUCCUGGUGAUUGUGCCUGCGGGCCACCCGCCACCCACAGUGAUUCUCAAUGACGGCGGCGCCCCAUCAAUGCCGUUCACGGCGGUGAAACUGGACCAGUUCAAGAUGUCGUGCUUCUACCGCAUCGACAUCCAGGUGCAGCUGGACCUGAACCGGGAGAAGGUCGUGGAGUACCGAAUCAACAACACGGGGCCGUCGUAUAGGUUCCACGUGCCCUCCCAGACCACUUCGUGGCGAUUCUCGUUCUGGUCGUGCAACGGCUGGUCCCUGUCGGUGACCGACAAGGAGAAGGAGGAUCUGGGCGGCACUGAUGCUGUGUGGGACGACCUGAUGGACAAGCACGGGCGGGCGCCGUUCCACGUGCAGGUUGGCGGCGGCGACCAGCUGUAUUCGGACAAGGUUUGGAGCGCGCCGAUCUGGAAGCCCUGGCUGGCGAUCAAGGACAAGUACGCCAGACGCGAUGCGCCGUUCACUCGCGAAAUGUACAUGUUUGGCGACGACUUUUACUUUACGCACUAUGUCAAGUGCUUUUUCUUCAACGGACGGUUCUCUGAGGCCCUGGCAUCCAUCCCCCUGUGCACCAUCGUCGAUGACCACGACAUCUGGGACGGUAUUGGGUCGUACCCGGACUACCUGCAGUUCUCAAAGGUGUUUGUUGAACUCAAGGAGGUCGCGUUCAAGUACUGGCGGCUGUUCCAGGCGCACACGAGCCAGGAUCUGUGCCGCCAGCACGGAUACUUUGGCCACCGCGGGUACUCAUGGCUCCGGCAGUUCGGGCCGUACACAGCAGCGCUGGGCCCCGACACGCGCUACGAGCGACAGCUGAACCAGAUCAUCACCGAACAGACAUACGAUAUGAUCUUCCAGCGGCUGUACAUGGUGCCGCAAUCCGUGCGCCACCUGGUCGUGUUCCUCGGAGUUCCGAUUGUCUACCCGCGUCUGACAUAUAUCGAGGACAUGCUGGCGGGCGUCAAGAAGCUUGGACUGACCAAGCUGAGCUUCAUUGCCGACAAGAGGGCCAUUGUCAACAUCUGGGGCGAGCCCGAGCUCUCCGACGACAUGAACGACCACUGGACCGCAGCCGUGCAUGUCGACGAGCGCAAAAAGUUCGUGCUCAAUCUACAGGAAUUUGCCAGACGUCGCAACAUCCGCGUCACCUUUGUUGCAGGCGACGUCCACUGUGCCGGGUCGGGUCGGUUCGCGUCACAGAAUCCGGACCUGCCGCCUGAGACUGACUGGCGAUUCAUGCCGCAGAUCAUUUCAUCGGCCAUCGUCAACGUUCCACCACCCAACGCUGUUAUCCGCGCGGUACAUACGUCGGCAAAGACAUAUGAGCUCGACAACUGCACAAACGAGCGCAUGUACAGACUAUUUGAAACGGAUGUGAAUGGACAGAACCCGCCCAACAACAACUCGAAGCUGCUCGCGCGCCGCAACUUUUCGUCGUAUGUGGAGAACCUCGAUGACGGGUCGCUGACCGUGCAUAUCCAUAUCCAGAACGAGAAGAAGCCUGGCACGACGCCGUACCGUAUAAUUGUGCCGCGCCUGUCGCCGUCCAACAACAUGGUCUAGUGUCUUUUGGCACCGCGUAGACGGGUUUGUAUUUCAAAUUUGCUGUAGCCCAGAAAUAAAUGCUUUCUUGUCGUCCGUGCGCAUCAGGGCCUCGCCCACCAGCACAGCGCUGACACCCGUGUUGGCGUAGAUCUUUGCGUCCUCUGGAGUCGUGAUGCCGCUCAGGGCAAUCAGAACCGUGCCCUCGGCAACCUUGUCCGCCAGCUGCUUCGUGUUGCCAAUGUCGACGUCGAAUGUGCGCAGAUUGCGGUUGUUGACGCCGACGACCUUGGCGCCGACCUCGCUAGCCACCUCCAUCUCCUCGGCAUUGUUGACCUCAACCAGCGGCUCCAUGCCGAGCUCCCUCGAGUAGGCCAGCAGGUUCUUUAACUGGGUCUUGCUGAGCAUCUUGACAAUGAGCAGGACGCUGUCGGCGCCCGCCAGUCGCGCCUCAGCAAUCUGGUACCGGUCGAAGAUGAAC